CUGAGAUCCCAUUUCCUGGCGGCUCCCAGGCGGCGCUGGCAGGGGAGAGGGACGCUCCCGGGAGUGAACGGCCACUCACCGAGAGCGCAGCCCUGGGUAUUCUCCACCUGGGGCACCGAGCCCAGCCCCUCCGGCUGGAGCCCGCCACACUGCGAGCCCGGGGCCCCCGCUGCAGCCGGCAGAAGUUGGAGACAACCAGCAGCAAUCGGCUUAGCCGGACUGCUGGCAUACCUUCCAGAAAGAAGCCGACCUUCCCAGGACCGCGCGGAGGGACACCGCACGGGCUUCCAGGUUGUCCCGAGCGCGCCCCUUUCGCGUUCUCGCUGGCCAGCGGGGUGCAGGUCAGACGCGGAUCCGCAGGGAGCAGAGCAGCGCAGACCCCCGCCUGGGAUCCCACCCAGCUGUCUGGUUGCGUGAAGCGGAGAAGGAACAGAGGGGACGCCGGAGACCACCAAGACAGAGAGACUGCUGCGAACCAGGCCCUUUCCCACGCGCGGCGUCCAAGGUCCUUCAGCGGUGGGCCAUGGCCGACAGCAGUGCCACGGGCAGCUCUGGCCCUUGGUGGAAAUCGCUAACGAACAGCAGGAAGAAAAGCAAGGACGCCACAGCCGGGAUGCAGCCUCCAGCCCAGCCUGCCCCCGGGGAGCCCGCACCACCGGCACGGCCAGCACCGCCUGCACCGCCGAGCCCAGACUGGACUAACAGCUCCCAGGAGAAUCAACACCCCAAUCUCCUCUCAAGCACCGGGGAGCCCCACAAGCCAGACAAGUUCUGCGUAGAGAAAUCAGGCCACAGCCGCCGCAACUUGAAGAUCUCGCGCUCUGGGCGCUUUAAGGAGAAGAGGAAAGUUCGCGCCACUCUGCUCCCGGAGGGAGUCAGGUCCCAGGAGGAGGCAGGCUUCCCUGGUGACCCCCAGGACGACAAGCAGUAACCAGAGCUGACUGUCUCUCUUCCCACCAUGCCUCCCAACCCCCAGUUCUAAACCCAAGAAUUCUGGCCUGCCCCUGCACUGGGGGCCUCAUCCCACCAGACUCAGCCUAUCCACCCAAGGCCUCUGCGAUUUCAUUUUCCUGGAAAUGGGAGUGUAAAUUGAGUUGAUAAUAUUUCAUGACUCAAGGAUGCAUGAAAUAUUUAUUUGCAGUAAGAGAAGACACCCGCCACGGAGAAAGUUGGCAUAAUUAUUAUCUUCAAAAAGCUAUUCUGUGGCCUCCACUCCUUGAGUCACCAGUGGGCAUGACAGAGGCGCUUCUCCAAGAAAUGGGAGCUCACCUGGGGUGGGGCAGCCCCUCCAGAGGAAGCCAGGCCCUGAUUAAGAACUUGCUGUCGGGGAGCGAUCACAGCGCUGUUUUUAAUGCCUGAGAAAUGCACUUUAGGAAUACUGCUGUAGACUCACAGCUUGAGGGAGGGGACGGGAGAGAGCUGGACGCGUUCUAAGCAGAAGCAUGUGAAGUCGGGCAAGAUGGCGUUGAAUGUUGACCUACAAAACUGUCCUGCCUGUUUUAGUGUAGACUAUUAAAACUGUUGCACCGUAAGA